UGCAUGUUCAAGUACAUUUUAAAAAUAAAACAAUAAAGAAAACUCACUUCCGCGAGUGUUUUCGUAAAAAAAUCCCCAACGGAUGCCACUUUCUCUAUUGGGACGAAUUUGCAGUAAAAUCCAUUCAAAAUAAGUAAGGUCAGUUCAAAGAUGGUGCUGGAGCACCAGGGCUUACUCUCGAACAUGUCGGGUCCUGGAUUGCAGCCAGCACUGCGUUUUUAUGCGGCAGCUGCUGCAGCGCAGGGUCGUGUUCCGGCAUGGCCCUUUCUGCAAUUUGGAGCCCCGGGACUUUUUGGAAGCCCGUUUUUGCAGAGACCUCCGCGAUUUCCGGGAGGAGCAAAUGGACCUGCUGCAGCGCUAAAUGGCUUGGCAGGACUCAAUGGCCUUACUGGAGUCUCACAUCCAGGCAUUUCACCGCAACGAACGCAACCGGGACCGCCGAGCGAGGACUCGAACGACGACAGAGGCUCUGCAGCGGAUGGCGAUGACGAAAGUAGUGCAUCAAAGCGCCGACGAUCUAGAACAAAUUUUAAUUCGUGGCAAUUAGAGGAAUUAGAACGUGCUUUUAACGCGAGUCAUUAUCCGGAUGUCUUCAUGCGGGAGGCACUGGCGAUGCGAUUGGACCUAAAAGAAAGUCGAGUAGCGGUUUGGUUUCAAAAUAGACGCGCAAAGUGGAGAAAAAAGGAACACACAAAGAAAGGACCCGGUAGACCCGCACAUAAUGCUCAUCCACAAUCAUGUUCAGGAGAGCCGAUUCCGCCGAAUGAGCUGAAGGCGAGAGAAAGAUCACGUCGCAAAAAGAAACUCGCCAAGGCGCUCGAACGCCAAGCCCGUAAACUCCGCGCCAAAGGUAUCACAGUCGACCUCGAGGCACUUCGCAACGAAUACUUGUCGCAACAUCGAAUUAACCAGUCAGACACGGAAAGUGAUGGCGAGCAUGGCGACGACGACGACCAAAUUGACGUUGUCGGUGACGAUUCGUGCGACGACGAGCCCGAAGAUUGCUCGAUGCAACGUCGCACCAGCACGGAAGACGAUCGCAACCUCGACUUGGAUCACGAAAGUAACGAAAGUAGUAAUCACCACCAACUGCAUCAUCAUCUUAAUAGUAAGAAUAGUCGACCGAUAAAUCCCUUUAGUAUAGAAUCUCUCUUGUAUAAUAAUACGUGAAGUUGUAAGUGGAUGAAAUUUUUAUUCGAUUAAAGUUUUUCAUAUUUUUUUCCUUGAAUUAUCAUUUUUUUACAAUAGAAAAUUUAACAGAUGCAUGACAAAUAAUAAAUAACGAGAUAGAUGAAAAAAUGUGAUUAUUUAUAUAAAUUAUGAUAAAU